CCUCUUCCCUUCCCCGCGGCCGCCAUUUUGUGAGAGCCAGAAAGAGAGAGGACGUCUGAGGGUUGCUCCGCCGCCUUCGCAGCUGCCGCCGUCGCCGUGAGGAGAGCCGAGGGAAGGGGGUCUCGCCGCGCGCCCUUAGCCGCCCACUCUCUUUCCCCACUCGCCCCCCGGCCCCUGCCCCUCCUUCGCCGGCCAUGCCCUCCUCGCCGCUCCGGGUGGCUGUGGUCUGCUCCAGCAACCAAAACCGCAGCAUGGAGGCCCACAAUAUCCUCAGCAAACGUGGCUUCAGCGUUCGAUCCUUUGGCACUGGGACUCAUGUGAAACUGCCAGGACCUGCUCCGGACAAGCCAAACGUUUACGAUUUCAAAACGACAUACGAUCAGAUGUACAGUGAUCUCCUUAGGAAAGACAAAGAACUCUAUACACAGAACGGGAUCUUGCACAUGCUGGACAGAAACAAGCGGAUCAAACCACGGCCGGAAAGGUUCCAGAGCUGCAAAGACGUCUUUGAUCUCAUCUUGACGUGUGAAGAAAGAGUCUAUGAUCAAGUAGUAGAAGAUUUAAAUUCCAGAGAACAGGAGACGUGUCAGCCCGUACAUGUGAUAAAUGUGGACAUUCAGGAUAAUCACGAGGAGGCGACGUUGGGAGCUUUUCUUAUCUGCGAGCUAUGUCAAUGUAUACAGCACACGGAAGACAUGGAAAACGAAAUAGACGAAUUGCUACAGGAAUUUGAAGAGAAAAGCGGUCGGACUUUUCUGCACACGGUUUGCUUCUAUUGAAAGCACGCCCAUCUCCUUCUCUAGGCCUUACACUUGCAGACAAAAGAAGCACGUGGUUACAUUCUGAAUCGACUGGACUUUCAUUCGACUCCUUGGAGAGUGACUUUACAACUUCCUCUCUUUUUUUUUCAUUGUUGCUGUUUAAAUCCCCCCCCUUCCUCCGUGGGUUUUUUGGGGGGUGUUUCGACGUUGAAACACAAGAAUGAACUGUGUGGAUGAAAACAAAAAGACAUUAUUAUAAACAUAAAUGCUGCUUUAUUUAAGAGAGAGUAAAAAAAAUCAAGAUUUUUUUAACCCCCACCCGCCCCCGGUCUUCUCUCCUCUCCCCUCCUUCAAUAUCCUACUUUAAGUUAUCAGUAGGGUUUUUAUUCUAAAGGUAAUAUUUCCAGAAUGGUAUUGCUUGUAUUUUCCAGCUAAAGAAAGGUUUUAUUUUUGUUGUCUUGGAGGUUUAUUUUGUGGAGCGGGCGGGGGGGGGGGAUACCUUUUUUAUUUUAAUGGAAUGGAC